GCUGGUUAACUGGGCGUGGCGUAGUCAGAAAGCCGUGUAGCGGCUUCCUUGUUGUGCAGCCAGUGCCUUUUGGAGGAGUUGUCUGUAGCCGGUGAUCCGAUCAGCCAUUGUACAACCUUCAGCUGUCAGCAUGUCUAAGAAAAUCCAAGGUGGCUCCGUGGUGGAGAUGCAAGGAGAUGAAAUGACUCGGGUAAUCUGGGACCUGAUUAAGGAGAAGCUCGUUUUGCCCUAUGUAGAGUUGGAUCUGCACAGCUAUGAUCUUGGCAUGGAGAACCGUGAUGCCACUGAUGAUAAGGUUACCGUUGAAGCCGCAGAAGCCAUCAAGAAGUACAAUGUGGGCAUCAAAUGUGCCACCAUUACACCAGAUGAGAAGAGAGUGGAGGAGUUCAACUUGAAACAAAUGUGGAAGUCUCCAAAUGGAACCAUUAGGAACAUUCUUGGUGGCACAGUGUUCAGAGAGGCCAUCAUCUGCAAAAACAUUCCCAGGCUCGUCUCUGGAUGGGUCAAGCCCAUCAUCAUUGGUCGUCAUGCAUAUGGGGAUCAGUACAGAGCGACUGACUUUGUAGUCCCUGGACCUGGAACAGUAGAAAUCUCAUUCACUCCAAAGAAUGGUGGGGAACCUAUUAAAUACGUUGUCCACAAUUUUGAAGAGUGUGGAGGAGUUGCCCUGGGAAUGUAUAACACAGACCAAUCCAUCAGAGACUUUGCUCACAGUUCCUUCCAGAUGGCUCUGGCUAAAGCCUGGCCCCUCUAUAUGAGCACAAAGAACACCAUCCUCAAGAAAUAUGACGGACGCUUCAAAGACAUUUUCCAGGAAAUCUAUGAGAAGGAAUACAGGUCCCAGUUUGAAGAGAAGAAGAUAUGGUAUGAGCACAGACUUAUUGACGACAUGGUGGCACAGGCGCUGAAAUCAGAAGGUGGCUUCAUCUGGGCCUGUAAAAACUACGAUGGCGAUGUACAGUCCGAUUCAGUUGCACAAGGUUACGGUUCUCUUGGGAUGAUGACCAGUGUUUUGAUUUGCCCCGACGGGAAAACUGUAGAAGCUGAAGCUGCCCAUGGCACUGUCACCCGUCACUACAGGAUGCACCAAAAAGGGCAGGAAACAUCCACCAAUCCCAUUGCAUCUAUCUUUGCAUGGACUCGAGGACUGGACCAUAGGGCAAAGCUGGAUAACAACCCCGAACUUAAGAACUUUGCCGCGGCUUUGGAAGAAGUCUGCAUUGAAACAAUCGAGGCUGGAUUCAUGACCAAGGACCUUGCUGCUUGCAUUAAAGGUUUACCAAACGUGCAGCGAUCCGACUACUUGAACACCUUUGAAUUCCUGGAUAAACUGGCUGAAAAUCUGCAGCUGAAACUUAGUGCUCAGCCCAAGUUGUAAUAGCAGAGUCUUAGAAGAAAACACUCAGGUUCCCUGUUUUUUACCCUUGGUUUACAGGAUCCAACAGGACCUUUAUCUUAGCCUCACAAGGGAAAGUGCUAGUCUUCUGUGUCUUGAACCCUAAUAAUUGGUAAUCACUGUGCCAAAUGGCAAUUUCUGGUUGCGUUUCCACAGCCGGAUGUCCUCCAAAAAAUGUUAGCGAUGCAGUCACACAUUCAAAUGAAUACUACUAUGUGCAUAUAUGACUGAAGUUGUAUUGGCAUUAAUUUGAUAGACACGCUGUAUAACUGCACAGUUAAUUGCGUGUUGAACCUAGAGUUUUGAGAAACAGACCAAUAUUGGUUAGAUUAGAUGGAACACAAAUAAAAGAAAAGAGGGAUUAAUGCCAUAACUUUCAUAUUUGACGCUCCCUAUACAUAAUGGCAUGCACAUCAUAUUGCAUAUCUUGCAGAAUCCUAAAUGGCUAACAAGAUCCGCUAACUGAAUACUUUAACGGGGCUUUGCAUUAAAGAACUUGCACCGCUUAUUGCACAAGCCAACCACAGUGUUGUCCGUCCUAUUCUUGCAGGUUUAGCGCCAGUCUUUAGGUGGUGCAUAAUAUUUGUAUUCCAGAUAGGGAUUCCAAAUUGUUCCUCGAUGUGUUUUAGGCAUCUAUAGCCAUGAGUGCCACAAAUCACCUACAGGCAUGUAGAACUCCCUAUCUUAGGGAUCACAAAAAUCAUGUUUUUCGCUGGAGAAAAGAAACGCUAAGACUUUUGUUGGUCUAUUAAAUGAGACAUGAAGAGAUUACAGAUUGUCACAGAUAGCCUGUGAUCUAUCAUAUCCCCUCAACUCAGCCGCAAACCAGUUGGAUGUUUCUGCAACUCAAACUAAAUGGUAUAGCAACCAGUGCACUAAAUAGCAACAUUUUCAUUUCGGCAUCAUUGUUAAAUCUGCAAACGGUCAAAUGCAAUUGUCUGCUUUUAUACAUAGGCAUGUCUUUUUUUAAUAAAUCAAUUUCAUAAUUA